UUCACGGACAGCGUCCCGCGGGUGUGUCGCUGCGUGUUGUCACUGUACACACCGCGCCCCGUGCGUCACGACUAAUGGGAUUGUUUAUCGGGAGCGACCAGCCCGGGCUCAGUCCACCACGCUCGCCCGCAACGAUAACAUGAAACUUAGUUUCGUAGCGAUAUUCAUUUUUUUGUCGACUGUCUCGGCCCGACACAGUAGCACUGGCCAUGGGCGCUCGCACUCACACUCUUACCCUCAUUCAGGCGGCUACUCGGGGUAUGGGACCGGCGGUAGCAGCCAUCAGAGCUCUCACAUGUACCCGCCAUCGACGGGUCUCUCGGGAAACACAAACACUGGUGGUAGCGUGCGGCAGACUUACCAGCAACAACACAACACGGUCCAGAACACCUACAGUCCGCGGACCCAAGUGAACCACCACUACCACUACCACCCGCCGCAGCAGAUCAGCUACGGCUCUACCUAUCACCCCGUGUAUCAAGGUCAUCCUCCCGUCUAUGUGUACGAGUACCGAGACUCUGGCAGCAGGUUCGACAACUUGUUAACAGGACUAGCGCUUUAUAACUUGGGUCGGAACAGUCACAACCAUUACUAUGACCGUGACAGACCUUACACUGGUGUAGCCGGCGAGGUGUGUAAGCUAGGUGUCAGCAAAAGUACCGGCGAGUAUGAAGAGACGCGUAUAGACUGCAAGCUGAUGUCCAGUUUCAUAUUUGAGGAGUCGCCUCGAUCGGUUCAGCAACAACAAGUAACGACGGUCAGGAAUACAACGGUGACAACUACCAAUGUAACUAAUGGGAACUCUUCAGUGCAAACAGUGUCGGUAAAAAGUGAAACUGUGGUAGAUGCUUUGAAAGCUAAGGGUCCAUCUAUAGCGGUGACGCCCGGCAUGACCUGCUAUAUGAUAAGAACGUUUCGAGACACUACAGCUAUGAGGAAACCAGUCGAGUGUGGUCUGCUGCAGGAGUACGCGCAACGAUCGCUGUAUAGAAGCAAAGCACAAGGUUUAACGCCUGUUCUGUCUAUUUUAAUUUGUUUCGUUUUUUCUGUUGUCGCAUAUUAAAGUUACAGUUAAUAAUAUAUUUCUAUCUAUUGAGCUUUAUA